AUGGCGAAACAGCGCAUUAAGCGCGUGCCCGCGUCGCAGGAUGCCUUAAACAGCUUCGUGACGACGCAGCUGCUGGACAAUAACAUGGACGGGAUUGCAGGAAAGAUCAACGUGCUGCGUGAAAAGCUACUGCAAGCCGAGGACCGAGAGGGCGAUGCACAGAGCAAGACCAAGUGGGCUCGCCAGCUCCAGCAUUGGCUCGCUCUAGCUUGUCGAUUGCUGGCUGAGCAGCGCCGGCAGCUGAAUCACUGUGUCGAACGUGUCGAAAGGGACUAUAGCCGCGGGAUGAUUGGACUCGGAAGUGGCAAGCAGCAAGAGGCCGACCAGGAGGCGGAAGGUAACCUCUACAGUCGAACGUACGCUCGACCGAGAGGGACCGGUAGCUCCUCGACAGCUGCAGCGACAGAAAGCGAUGGCUACGUGGGCGUCAUGGUGCCACGCCAGGAAGAUGUUCUUGCUGUAGGCUGUCACGUUGCAGCUAAAGUGGCGCGUAGCCAUGAGCUGUGGAUCAUGGCGCGUAUUGUGAAGUUCAGUGCCGAGUCGAACACGUACGAAGUGGAGGACGUGGACUCGGGCGACGAUGACGAUGACUAUGAUGCGUCGAGGAGACGAUACAUUGUCUCAUGGCAGCACGUCGUUGAGCUGCCAGGUGACUCGCUUCCUGAAGGCGCGUGGAUCCAGUAUGCGGUGAAUGAGCGCGUCAUGGCCAUGUACCCCAACACAACCAGCUUUUUCCGCAGUACCAUCCGCGUGCCGAAUCCAAAGGGUGCACCGUACGUGGUUCUCAAAUUCGAUGAGGACGAGGACGAACAUGGCUUCGUUCCAGACCGGAAAGUCCCUUUCCGCUUCGUAGCCCCUCUUAGACCGUGGCAUCGUAAGUGA